AAACGUCAGGUCACAGUGGCAGAAGGAGGGUUGCGGUAGAUGUGGGGGUGAGGCGUCUUUAUUUCUCACAUGCCGUCUUACCCAGUUCUCUGCAGCCGCCGCCCAUUUUUCCUUCUUCCUGUCCUUCGUACCUUUCUUGCAACCGCCUAUCCGACAUCUUCCGCCAAUGUCCAGUCACGUGUCGGUCCGCAAGUCUCCUCCUCCUUCUUUUCCUCCUCUUCCUCCGAUUCCAUGUCAGGGAUCUUGUCUCGGCUCUCCCACGGUAAAAUCACGCCAUUCGAGGCCGAAACCGAGCUGCUUCGACUUCAACCACACAUAUGGAAAGGAGCAGCAGGAGAAAACACGGAGAAAGCAAAGGGAUACGACUCGGUAGAAAGCUUUGCCAAGGUCGACAUAUCUAGGGCGGCACGCACCGGAUUGCCGGAGAGGCUUGGCUCAACGUGA